GACCGCGCUGCUCCUAAUGUAUUUAGCUAACAGCCUUCUCAGUUCACCGCGAGUGGAGGAAUUACCGCUCAGCGCGCUGUGCUGGAGUUUAACUGUGGUUUUACGGAGUUUGACGGACGACCGGAGAGCACACCAUGCCAGGACCACAAAGUGAGGUCCAUAAGAAAUGCUUUGCCAAGUUUGGUGAGGACGAACUUGCUUGCUCAGAGCCCUGACAAAAACCUUUGGAAGGAGAUGUUCGACAAACCUGCAGGUGGAUGCAAUGUUCACCUGUCUACAUACUUUUGGCCAUGUCGUGAACAUUCUGAAAUAUCUCAGACAGUAAGCUAGCUCAAAUGAUGCUAUAUUUUGAAGUAUAGAGCUGCACAGAGGCUGGACUGUAACCUGUGGUUUAAUCGGUUAUUGUAUUAUUUGGGUCCAUGUAGUGAAAUCUUCAUUUAAAGCCAGCAGACAUGAGUGGGCCUGAUGUAGCGAAGACGCCGGGGGGUGGGGCUCCAGGAAAAGAGGGAAAAGAUUCUGUAACCAAUGGCCAUGCAGAAGGAGAGGCUAACCCCUUUGCAGAGUACAUGUGGAUGGAGAACGAAGAAGAGUACAACCGACAGGUAGAGGAGGAGUUAUUGGAACAAGAGUUUCUGGAGCGCUGUUUCCAGGAAAUGUUGGAUGAAGAGGACCAAGAUUGGUUCAUUCCAGCAAGGGACCUCCCCCCAGGGGUGGGGCAGCUUCAGCAGCAGCUCAAUGGCCUCUCGGUCAAUGACAAUGCAGAUGACAUUGUGCGCAAGAGCAGCCUAAACCCUGAGGCCAAGGAAUUUGUCCCGGGAGUGAAAUACUAGGGAUCGACCUCACCCUCUGGAGUUGCCCUCUCACAUACACAUAUGCACACAUACAAAGACUUUUUUGGCUGUAAUUACAACAGUCAUGUAUACACUCAAAUGUACACCCACACACAGACACCCACACACGCAGCUGUGAAGAGCUGGAAAUACAGACGAGGGUGAGGUUUUUUGGGGGGAGGGAUGGGAGGCUCAUCUAUAAGCUUUUUAUUUACAUUCGUUACAUAUAAACCAAGGGCAGGGAGUUUAGACUCGGACUGUAGGAGGCGCUGUGGCAGCCUAACGUCAUACUCAAAACAAAGCCGUUUUAUUUGCUUCUAUCAAUAAGACAAAAGGACCGAUCACAUCAGCUCUUGUUUAGAAGUUUGUGCCUCACAGAUGUUUACUUUUUUCUUUCCUGUCUUUUUGUUUUUUUCUUUGUGUGUGUGUGUGUGUGUGUGUGUGUGUGUGUGUGUGUGUGUGUGUGUGUGUGUGUGUGUGUGUGUGUGUGUGUGUGUGUGUGUGUGUGUGUGUGUGUGUGUGUGGGUUUUUUUUUUUUUUUCUGGUCCCUCAGUGGGGUGGGUUGUAUCUGCUCUGCAAGUGAGGCUGGUAUGGGCAAAAAGAUUGUGGGG